ACAAACCAACUCCAUCUCACUUCUCAAGUCUUAAAGUUUAUUCAUUUCUCUCUUCUUCAUCGAUCUUUGGCGUUUAGAAAACCUAAUCAGAAAUGGCAACGGCGUCGUUUAACAUGCAGUCAGUGUUCGCCGCUCCUUCCGGUGUAUUGAAAUCACGUAACAUCAAAAACACAAACCAACUCUUCUUCAAGAGGAAUGCUCCGGUGGGAGUCCGAUGCAUGGCUCAGGGCGAUCCUAUCAAGGAAGAUCCUUCUGUGCCCUCGACCUCGACUUCGGCCACUCCGCCGCAAAUGCCACCGUCUCCUCCUCCACCAGUUAGCAAGCCUAAGGUCAGUACGAAGUUUGGAGAUUUACUAGCGUUUAGCGGUCCAGCACCCGAGAGGAUUAACGGGAGACUAGCAAUGGUUGGAUUCGUGGCGGCCAUCGCCGUGGAGCUGUCCAAGGGAGAAAACGUGUUUGCUCAGAUCUCCGACGGUGGCGUCGGGUGGUUUCUUGGAACAACGGCGUUGCUGACGUUGGCAUCGAUGGUUCCGUUGUUCAAGGGAAUAAGGGCAGAGUCAAAGUCAAAAGGGUUCAUGACUUCAGACGCCGAGCUAUGGAACGGUCGGUUCGCGAUGCUCGGUCUCGUUGCGUUGGCCUUCACUGAACUCAAAACAAGACAGAGAAAAGAGAAUCUCCGAGGAAAAGAAAAGUUGAUGGCGACGUCUAAGCUUCAAGCUCUCUGGAAUCACCCGGCAGGACCAAAGACAAUUCAUUUCUGGGCUCCAACAUUUAAAUGGGGUAUAAGCAUUGCUAACAUUGCAGAUUUCCAAAAACCUCCAGAAAAUAUUUCAUACCUUCAGCAAAUUGCUGUGACAUGCACUGGAAUGAUUUGGUGUCGUUGCAGCACUAUAAUUACUCCUAAAAACUGGAACCUGUUUAGUGUUAAUGUUGCUAUGGCAGCGACAGGGAUAUACCAACUUACUCGCAAAAUUAAGUGAGAUCAAUCAACAAAGGAAUUUUAUGAUG